AUGAUUAUUAUAUCCAUUAUUAUUCGUCAUUUUUAUUUACAAAAGAAUCGACCUGUUGAAACUUUAAUUGGACUAAAGCGCAUGACAUCAGUUGACGCAGAAUCAAUUUUUAAUAUGCUAACUUCGGUGUUACAACAAUUUUCUAAAGACUGGUCUACAGUCUUAGCUGUUUGUUUCGAUGGAGCUAGUACAAUGUCUGGUAGCAUAUCUAGAGUGCAGGCAAGAUGUAAACAAGAAAAUAAUAAUAUAUUUUAUAUCCUUUGUUAUGCUCAUUGUUUAAAUUUAGCAUUGAUUGAUAGCAUUUGUGAAAAAUCUAAUACUAAAUCAGGCUUAAAAAAUAGUUCUCUUAUUUUUAACUUCCUUGGAACAGUUCAGUUUGUUUAUACUUUUUUAGAAAACAGUCCUAUUAGGCAUGCUGUAUUGGAAAACAUAGCAAAAGAGUCUGGCCAGCGGUUUUUAACUUUAAAAUCACUUUCAACUACCCGGUGGGCAUGCAGGGCUGAAGCUGUUUCUUCUAUUAAAAAAAAUUAUAAUAUUAUAUUGUCAGCUCUACAUAACAUUUGUGAUGACUGUACUAUACCAGAAAUUCAAGAAAAAGGUGGUCUUUUUAAACAGUUGCAAACAUUUGAAUUUAUUUUUAGUUUAUGCAUGAUGGAACCUAUUUUGCAAAUGAUCUUAAUAGCAAGCAAGUCGUUACAGUCUUCAAAUUUGGAUUUAUUAACUGCUGUUCAACUGAUCAACUCAUUGAAAAAAUCUCUGAUUUCAAUGAGGUAUAGUGAACAGUAUGAUGAAACGUUUAAUAAAUGCCUGAAAAUAUGUAAGGAACAUGAUAUAGAAAUUCCAGAAGUCAGAAAUAGAAAAGUAUCCACAAAAGUAGACUCCAUAAAAAAUCAACACAUGUUUGUGUCAAAGUCGGAAGAACUAAAAGUAACUGUUUAUUACAAAACCUUAGAUAUAUUGAUAAAUGGAUUACAUUCAAGGUUCACUCAGGAAAGUCUUGAUAUGAUAAAUGCUGUAGGCAAUAAUAUGAUAAGUUUAGAAAUACAUCAAACCAAUCUCUAUGAAGUACUACAAACAAUAUUCUUAAUCUCUCAUGAAGGACUUGUUGCUGAAUUAAGGAUUUUAAAAAGCGUUCCAAAUGGCUCAUCAACAAAAGCCGUUUACGAUUGGCUAGACUUUUUAAAAGAAAAUCAAAGACAAAAUGUAUUUCCAAAUUUUAAAAAGGUUUUAAUACAUUUUGCCACUAUACCUGUCACGAGCUGUAGCUGUGAGAGGGUAUUUUCUAAAUUACCUAUUGUAAAAUCAAAACUUCGAAGUACAAUGUUGCAAGAAAGACUGGAAUCUUUUUUAUUAUUGUUUGUUGAACAAGAAAAAUUAAUGAACGUUCAGAUUGAAGAAGUGAUUGAUGAAUUCAAAUCUAUGAAUAAUGAAAGGGAGCGCAGAUUAGUAUUAUAA